AUGGUGGUGUGUGUUGCGGAUAUUGACGAGUGUGCUGUAGACAGUGGUGAUAUUGAUGAGUGUGCUGUAGACGGUGGUGGUGUGUGUUGCGGAUAUUUACGAGUGUGCUGUAGACAGUGGUGGAUUGUGUUGCAGAUAUUGAUAAGUGUGCUGUUGACAGUGGUGGUGUGUGUUGCGGAUAUUGACGAGUGUGCUAUAUUGAUGAAUGUGCUAUACACAGUGGUGGAUUGUGUUGCAGAUAUUGAUGAGUGUGCUGUAGACGGUGGUGAUAUUGACGAGUGUGCUGUAGAUAACGGGGGCUGUGGUGAUCAGACAUGUUAUAAUGAGCUGGGGUCGUACCACUGUGACUGUCAACCUGGGCAUCGCUGGCAUGCAGAUGACAAGGAAUGCAAACCUUUAUGCUUUGGUCUGCCUCCUGGACAAUGUCAUAAUGGAGGGAAGUGUACAUCACCUAAUGUGUGCUCCUGUCAGCAGGGUUACGCCACACCUGAGUGUACAGGUGAGUGUGUCAUGUGUGAUGUCAUAAUGGAAGGAAGUGUACCUCAGCUGAUGUGUGCUCCUGUCAGCAAGGUUACGCCACACCUGAGUGUACAGCAAGGUUACGCCACACCCGAGUGUACAGGUGAGUGUGUCAUGUGUGAUGUCAUAAUGGAAGGAAGUGUACCUCAGCUGAUGUGUGCCCCUGUCAGCAGGGUUACGCCACACCUGAGUGUACAGGGUUACGCCACACCUGAGUGUACAGGUGAGUGUGUCAUGUGUGAUGUCAUAAUGGAAGGAAGUGUACCUCAGCUAAUGUGUGCUCCUGUCAGCAAGGUUACGCUACACCUGAGUAUACAGGGUUACGCCACACCUGAGUGUACAGGUGAGUGUGUCAUGUGUGAUGUCAUAAUGGAAGGAAAUGUACCUCAGCUAAUGUAUGCUCCUGUCAUCACGGUUACGCCACACCUGAGGGUACAGCAAGGUUACGCCACACCUGAGUGUACAGACAUCGAUGAAUGUGAGGUGGACAAUGGGAACUGUAAAGUGGAAUGUGUGAACAUUGCCGGAGCGUACUACUGUAAAACAGCCUCUGGACACGGCACGUUGCCAGGCAAAGAUGAUGAACUACCCCUUUGUUUCAUGUUGCCCCCUGGGAACUGCCCGAAUGAUGGGACUUGUAUUUCACCUGAGUCUUGCCAAUGCAAACAUGGUUAUGUUCCACCCAUAUGUGAUGAUUAUAACGAGUGCACAAAACCCGAUAUCUGUGAACUGGGAUGCCACAACACGGAUGGCUCUUACUUCUGUGACUGCCGGCAAGGUUACAUGUGGGAUGCCAUGGAUUUCCAGUGUAAACCCUCCUGUUUUGACCUGCCCCAUGGGCAGUGCCCUAACGGAGGGUCAUGUUUACGUCCAGGAGUGUGUCAGUGCAGUGCAGGUUUCAAGAUUCCGGAUUGCUCAGAUAUUGAUGAGUGUUCUGCAGACAGCUCUGCCUGUGAAUUAGAAUGUCAUAACAUCGAGGGAAGCUACUCCUGUGACUGUCAUGAAGGCUUCUCUUGGGAUGCAGAAACCAUGGCUUGUUUACCUGUGUGCUAUGGAGAGGUGGCCGGUGUGUGCCCUAACGGAGGCACGUGUAAGUCACCUAACAGGUGUAGCUGUGCACCAGGCUACCAGGAACCCCAAUGUACAGAUAUUGACGAGUGUUCCGCAGACGAAUCUGUAUGCUUGGAGGGGGUGUGCAGUAAUUUGAUGGGCUCUUAUAUGUGUGGCUGUGAACAGGGCUACGCCUGGAGCGACAACACAGAGUCAUGUCAACCCGUGUGUCAGUAUCAUGCACCUGGAGUCUGUCCUAACGGAGGUUCCUGCGUCUCACCUGGCGUAUGUCUUUGCAUGGAAGGCUAUGAUUCGGCGGAUGAUUGUAAAGACAUUGAUGAGUGUGGUACUGACAAUGGUGGCUGUAACUUGGAAUGUGUCAACUUACCUGGCUCCUAUUACUGCAUGUGUGAGAAAGACGGCUUUGGCAAGUCACUCACAGACACGGAGUGUAAACCGCUGUGUUUUGGGGAAAGGCCAGGAACCUGCCCCAAUCAGGGUGACUGUACUGCCCCGGGGGCUUGUUCCUGCUUAGAUGGGUACUCCAGUCCGGGAUGUGAAGAUGUGACUGAGUGUGCUGUGGACAUUGGGGAUAUAGACGAGUGUGCUGUAGACAGUGGUGGGGUUUGUGUUUCAGAUAUAGACGAGUGUGCUGUAGACAAUGGUGGCUGUGCUGGAGAUUGUCAAAACAUCAACGGCUCUCACUACUGUGCCUGUGAACACGACCAUGGCUGGAAUGUGGAUUUACACAGCUGUCAACCGAUGUGUUUUGGAAUGAAGGCGGGGCGAUGCUUGAAUGGAGGAAAGUGUACACAGCCAAAUACCUGUUCUUGUCUGCGUGGUUAUGAACUGCCCAAGUGCUCAGGUGAGUCCUAUCUACAUGGUUAUGAACUGACCAAGUGCUCAGGUGUGUCCUAUCUACAUGGUUAUGAACUGCCCAAGUGCUCAGGUGAGUCCUGUCUACAUGGUUAUGAACUGGCCUAG